AUGGGGCCCGUCGGGCCCAGAUCUGGGCCGGCGGCGCGUCGACGGCCACCCAGCACCGCCACGCCGUCCCGCCGCCAAGGAGCAGCGCCAUCACCACGCCUGCCGCCGGCUGCCGUCGUAGGGCCGCCGGACCGCAGCCAAGCCGGGCUGCACCGCCGCCACCUCCCUGCCCCGGGAAGGGAGCACGAGCACAGGGCACGCAUCGUGCUCGCGCUCGCGCCCUCAGGUUACCCACACAGCCUCAAGGACGUCCUGGCCGCGCCGACCGUCAUGUCGCUGAUAAAGGACACAAGGGCCGCGCAGGAGGUGCCGGCGUUGCAGGAGUUCUUCGCCAUGAUCGCCAAGGACUCGGCGCGGGCUUGCUACGGGCCCAAGCACGUCGAGGUCGCGCAUGAGCGUCUCGCCAUCCAGACCCUCCUGCUCACCGACACUUGGUUCCGCAACCCCGACGUUGCUGCUAGGCGCAAGUGCGUCGAUCUGGCCGAAUCGGUGAAGAAGAUCGGUGGCAACGUCCGCGUCCUUUCGUCGAUGCAUGUCUCCGGCAACCAGCUCGAGCAGCUCACGGGGAUAGCCGCGGUUCUUCGGUUUCCCAUGCCUGAUCUUGACGACAUCGAGAUGUGA